AUGACUGGUUGGCUGCAGCAACUGGAUGUGUCCCAUGGAAAUGCGGGGUGUUCUUUGAUCCAAUGUCCCUCUGCACUCCGCCAUCCCCGUCUCCGCUUCUUUUCUUUUUUUUUUUUUUUUCUUGUCCAUUUAUGCGUUCUUACUGUGUGCGGCGUGGCGAGGAAGACAGAAGAAAUGGCACUUCUGCGGGUCACAGCCACGGCGGAACUUUUCCUGGAGGAUGAAGGAGGAAUUGUGCGUGAGCAGCUCCAGGCCGCUGAGUUCUUUGUUUGCAACGCCAAGAGAACCAUGGCGUGGCCGCCACCUGCAUUGUCGAAAUACGAGGCGUUGCUGCUCCAUGGAGGGGAGUGGUUGGAAAAGGAGGAAGGGGAUGAGGUGACGCUUGGGGGAGUGACGGAGGUGGAGCGCGAGCUGGGCCCGUUUCUUCGCUUCUAUGCCCCAUUGGGUGGGCUGCUCUCCAAGGAGUUUAGGACUCUGCUCCGCCACGGGCUUAUUCGUCUGCUGACGCGGCGGGCAUUACAACGACUUCACGACGCACAAUGGCAGACACAUGGAGACGAUAAAGAUUUCACGAGGGUAUCUGCAACAAGCCACGAUGGUGAGGAUGUAGUCGAGGCCUCUAUUGCUCCAUUCAUUUCUAUUAAAAAGGGGCCUUUUAACACAGCGGUGGCGUCAGUUCACUGGUCAUCGCAGCUGUUGCAACGACUUCUUCACCAAGCAGCUCACAGUGUCACACGCAUCACUGCACUCAUUCCAGGAGCGGUGACGUUAAUUCCCUUCUCCAGAGACCUGAAGGCAACAUUUAUACCUCGCCAUGGAUUGGCUAAUAUCGACGCCCAUGGAGCAAAGAAAGUGUACCGGCUUGUAUUCACCAUGGGGCGAAUAGAAGUGGUCCCGCAGAGUGUGCAUGACGAAUUGACCGCAGACCGGCUUGCUUCCAUUUUAUAUCAUUCGCAUCUUCGGUUGGCGGAACAAAUGAGGGAAGCAGGCGGGGAGUCCCUCCAGGAACCCUUGCUGAAUCUCAGAGACGCCAUGGACUGCUAUCACCGUGCGCUGGCUUUGGCCCAGAAAGGAAUCCUGUACCCGUAUAACCACUCGCUUCGACCGCCGCCUUCCCUGGAGGAUCGCAUGGAAAACGCUGAAGAGGAUGAUAUCGAGGACGAAAUUUAUUCCAUUUUUGCUACCACAGUGUUGCAAGGGGGAAAAGAUAUCACACCAGCGAAUCGAUAUUUAAAUCUUCUUCUUAACUUGCGAAGAAACAACACCGCUUGUUCUGAAGUGAAUGCUUUAUACUAUGAUUCUAUGCUAGCGCAUGGAAGAGAUUUGUUUCCUGGCUCCCAUGUACUUCUCCAUGUUUGGUAUGCAUUGCACCGCCAAGUGCUGGUAGCCGCAGCCAAUGCGGCACACACUCUUUUGCGGAUGCAACCCGCUUCUUCUUCCUCGUCAGAUGCAUCGUCAACAAACAGGCGUAAUGCAAACGUCCUUCGGCAGCGUCAAAUGCAGGUUGCUCGAUGGUGCGCACGUGCAUUGGAUGUCCUUCAGCGCGUUUUGGCUUGGUUGAAUGUUGGGAAACUUCAGGGGACGGAAGAGGCAUUGGUUUUAAGAAGUGAGUGGCUCUGGUUGCAUACUAUCAAGUUCAAGCUACUCAUUCGCCAAGCCAAGUUACUGCGUUUUACGGGAUCUUUUGAGGAAAGCCAUAAAGUUCAGGAAGUUACGGAAGAAAAGCUACGGAUCCUUUCCCCGCAGAUGCAGUCACUCUGUCGUGGCGAGAUGGAGGGCCUAUUGCACGAUGUCAGCAAUCAACUCGCGCAAGAAAGGGCCCUUUUACGGGAGGAGAUGAACCAGAAAGGAGGGCUGAUUCUUCGUUUGUGA